AUGUAUGGAGAAUCGAGAAGUCAUCGUCAACUUAUCGAUCGUAUUCAUUCGGAAUAUUCAUGUUGCGGAGUCAAAUCAAUUGACGACUUUGUGGAUUUGUCCGAAAUCGACAAGAGGCUGCCAACCCAAACAAAACUUUGGCCAUGCAAUGAAUGGGAAUACUGCGGGGUACCAUUGAGUUGCUGCAAAUCGAUCUUGUGCUCUCAAAAAACACAGCUUCUUCAUGAUGGAUGGGACACGAUGAAUAUAACUGAGAAAUGGUUCAACAAGGAUGGAUGCGUCAAGAAACUGGAUAUUGCCUACCUAUUUCUGAACUAUCCCAAUCAGUACAUAACGGAAUUUAUCAUGAUUCUGGUUCUGGGAUGUCAUGUUUGUGCUAUGCUGCUGACACAAAUCUUGAUCACAGCAAGUGUCACGUUGCAUGGGGCGAUCCUGGAUAAUUCAAAUUCUUCUUAUGCCUGGUUGUUGGAUGUUGGGAAACCCGAUCGAGCCAGUCUUAUAAAAAAACUCAAUCCCAACUUAGUUGAUCACGAGUUGGAAAAAUUAUCAUCCAGCCAGAAGAAUGAUAACAUGGAACAAGAAGAUCCAGUAGGGGAAGAUAAAGCUGAUUUAUUUACCUCUACAAAAGCGAUUACCACCGAAACAGAUGGUACUCACCUUGCAACCGAAACGGCCGACAGUUCUGCGAUAACGAAUUCGAGUACGAUAAAAAAUGUGUCGCUUAUAAGCGAAGGAGCAGCGGAAAAACAGGUCGCUUCGGUUGCUGAUGUUGUUCCUUCUGAGGACAAUGAGCUCGAAAAAUCACCCGCCGUUUCUGAUGACGAGGUUCUGGUUUACGAUUCGGACACGGGAGCAGUAAAGAAAAUCUGCGAGAAACCAGGCGGCGUACCAAAACCAAAAAAGAGUAAGGCAAAACCGAAAGCUCCAAAAAAGAAGACUGCAAAAAAUCGAAAACCAGCCAAGAAAUCGAAGGGCACAUCGAAAACGAAGAACACGAAGGGAAAGAAACCAGCGACAAAUGCCAAAAAUCAGAAGCAACGGAAACUCGCGACAGUCGGCGGAAUGGACUCGGGGAAACGAUGUCAGGCAAGGCCACAGGGAACGCUGGGACGAUUCAGUGAUGCAGGACAGGGCUUCGUUGAUGAGCCAGGAUCGUCUGCCCAGGAGACGUUCCCUGAAAAUGAAAGCUGGUGGCAGCCGACAGAUACCCGAGAGGAUUGGGGGCCGCCUGUGAAACCGCCAAGUGUCGAACUUCGCGAAAAUGAUCGAAAGACUCCACUGAGAACUCAAAGUGAAUCGCCGAGUUGUGAUCGUAAUGAAAAAGUUGAAGAGAAAACAGGACCAGGUGAACAUCGAACUCUUAACGUUAAUUCAUCGUUCUGUUCAGAAAUGCUCGAGAUUUCAUUGAUUACGACGAAGAAGUACUCCUCUCGAAGCACGGAUAUAAAGAUCGGAAGCGUAAGAGAAGAAAAGUCGAUUCAUUUGCCCGCCAACAUGUCUCAGACAUAUUAUGUAAACUGUUCCCCUGACCGAUUUGAGAAGCUCGACAGGUACUGCAAAGACACAUUAUUGUACGAGCCGGAUAGUGAACAUUAUAACAGUAGAGAUGGUUCUCUCGAGAUUAUCAAGAAAGUAGUGAUUCGAUGGCUUCACGAAGGGCAUUAUGAAAUUCCGGGUAGUCGCAAUCGUCGAGAAGCAAAACAACUUGCUGUUCAAAAGUUUUAUUUAUAUGUUUAA